AUGCCGGCGGGGAGGGACCAAGCACCGCGGCCCGGGGGCAGACCCCCGACGGGCGGCCGCUGCGCAGCAGGCAGAGAGCAGAGCCCCACGCGCGCCAAAGGGCAGCGUGUCCCGCCCCUGCGCCGCCGGACAGCCCACCGCGCCCCCGCCUCGCCGGCCACUCGGAACCCCGCGCCCCAGCCUCGAGAGUCCGCGCCCCGCCGGGCCCCGACUCUAGCGCGCGCCCCGCCUCCGCCGCUCGGCCCCCUUGGCCCGCCCCGGCCCGGCCCGGCCCGCGGCGGCGGCAACGGAGUGUCACGGCGCCAUUGCUCUCCUGCCUCCGCGCUGCACCAUGUCACGAAGGAGAAGCGCUCCUUCACCCGGGGGGCAGAGGCGGCGGCCUGCGUGCGGCGGCCGGCGCGGGGGGACCCGGCGGGGGAGGCGCGGGGCGGGGAGGCGGCCGGACAGGGUGUGGGAGGGGAGCGAGCCGCACCGCCGCAGCGGCCGCCUCCUCCCGCGCCCGCCUCAACUUUUUUGUACAGCCCGGGAGAGGCGCGGGCCCCUAGCCCCGCGGUCCUGCCGCGGUUCCCCGCCGAGGACACGCAGCGGAGUUGGGGGGCCGGUUCCCCCCGGCAGCCCGCUCCUCCUGGAGCAAACUUAGCGGCGCGGCCAGCCCCACAGCCAUUUUCCCGGGGAGGCGACCGAGGCGGCGGUGUCCGCAGUUGCCGCCUCGGCUCCCGAACCCGAUCGCUGCCCGGUACUCUAGGCACGGCCCGCCCUGCAUCCCCCUCCCCGCCUGCGGAGCUCCCAACUGCACCGGGACCCCAUCACGGCAGCAGCUGCUCCCGCCGCUUCGCCCAUUCAGCGGCCCCCGCUGCCCCGUUGCCCACCCACCUACUGCGAGUGCAGCGCGCUGUCAGCUCUCCAGUCCGCCGCCCUACCGACCGCCGUGGGCCCCCGUCCGGGAAGCACCGCUCCCGGCCGCAGCGGCAGUUCCUGCGCCGGGUUCCCCACUCGCCCCGAUUUACUGCCACAAUCCACCAAAUAACAAGCUGUUGA